AUGAACACAAAGUCAUUUGAAGUUUUGAUACAUUCAUAAUAUGCCUUCCACAGAUGCAGAAGUGAAGUGCACAAGUAUGAAGAUUGCAGAUAGACCACAUCCCCAAUUCCCAAGGAUCCACGUCUGUGCAGAAACACCGCUAGAGAAUUGGUUGGAUGCUAUAAGGAGGCAGAACGUAUGCAUCCAUUGUGUUUGGCUCCUUUCAAUGAUGUCAGGGAAUGUGUAUUUAAGGCUGAUGGCAAUAUCUUCAACUGCAAGAAAGAAUCACAAUAAUUCGUUGAUUGCCAAAUGAAUUAAGAAAAAUAUCAGGAUUUCUUGGCUUUAUCAACAGACAAAUAAAAAGAAGCUUUAUAAUUUGAUUUCUUCAACUACAGAGGCCAUUUCGACAAGUAUAGUUGAAGUAUUAGUGAUUUAUAAAUAUAAAAAGACAUAAUAAUAUUAAAAAUAUCGAUA